UUCAGAUCACGUUUCUUUCUGAUCUGAUCUCUCUUUAUAUUCUUCUUCUCCUCAUCUCUUUCUCUCUCUCUUUCUCUCUUCUAAACAAAAAAAACAAGCAUAAGUACAUCAAAACAGGUAGCUGAAGUCCUGUGUCUAUACAGAUCAAGUCUGAACUACCUAUAUAUAUAGGGGAAGCUGCUUUUUCAGAGUUAUAUCUAUAUAUCUUCAAACUGGUGUUAUAUAUAUAUAUAUAUUUAGAAGAAGUGUUAUGGAAAACAUGGAAUGGUGUAUAGGUGUAUGUGUGGGAAUAGUUGUGUUGUUUAUGAGUUGGUGGUUUUUGAUGAAGAAGGAGAAUAAUAAUGAAAUUAAAAUUCCAAAAGGGAAUUCAGGUUGGCCUUUAAUUGGAGAAACUCUUGAUUUCGUUGCUUCUUGUUAUUCUUCUCGCCCUGUCACCUUCAUGGAAAAUCGCAAGUCUAUGUUACCAAAGGGGUCAAUCGAGUUAGAUGCGAAGAUUUCAAGAUUUGUUGACGAUAUAAUUAAAAUGAUGAAACAUCCAUAAUCAUCUGCUAUGGGGAUGUGUUUAAGACAAACAUUUUGGGAAGCAAUUUAAUCAUUUCAACCGACCCAGAAGUGAACAAGGUGAUUCUGCAUAAUCAAAAGAACAUAUUCAUCCCUGCUUAUCCAAAAUCAAUUAAAGAAUUAAUGGGAGAACACUCCAUACUCCAAUUGAAUGGUAACAAGCACAAGAAACUGCAUUCAAUCAUUGCAGUGUUUCUUAAAUCUCCACAAUUUAAAGCAAGAAUCACCACAGAUAUUGAACAUUCUGUCAAACAACGCUUAGCUUCUUGGACCAACAAAACAAUAUACAUUCAAGAUGAAGUCAAAAAGAUUACAUUUCCAAUUUUGAAUAAAGUUCUGAUGAGUCUUGGUCCUGGUGAAGAUUUGGACUUGUUGAAAAGAGAAUUUGAAGUAUUCAUCAAAGGGUUGAUUUGCUUACCCAUCAAGUUUCCAGGAACAACACUAUACAAAUCCUUGAAGGCUAAGGAAAGGAUGAUGAAGAUGGUGAGGAAGAUAGUGGAGGAAAGAAAGAACCAAAUAGUGGAUAAUAAUGAAGUUAAUGAUGUUGUGGAUGUACUAUUAAGGGGCAAGGAUGAGUUAUCCCAAUCUAGUAGCUCAAGUUCAAACUUGGAGUUGGAAAUGAUAAGCCAAAACAUCAUAGAGAUGAUGAUUCCAGGGGAAGAGACCCUUCCUACAGCCAUGACCUUGGCCCUUAAAUUCCUAUCUGACUCACCUCUUGCUCUAUCCAAACUUAUGGAGGAGAACAUGGAACUGAAGAAGCAGAAGACUGAUAACUCAGAAGAUUAUAGAUGGACUGACUACAUGUCCCUACCAUUUACUCAGAAUGUCAUAAGUGAAACUCUUAGAAUGGCCAAUAUAGUCAAUGGAAUUUGGAGGAAAGCAGUCCAAGACGUAGAAAUCAAAGGGUAUCUAAUUCCAAAGAAUUGGAGUGUUAUGGCAUGUCUUAUCUCUGUUCACUUGGACCCAAAGAACUAUGAAAACCCUUUUAAGUUUGAUCCAUGGAGAUGGGAGAAAAUUGAAGUUUUGGCUAGUAACAUCCGCUUUGCACCAUUUGGUGGUGGACAUAGACUAUGCCCUGGGUUAGAACUUUCUAGGCUAGAGCUCUCUAUUUUCCUUCACAAUCUUGUUACUACAUACAGAUGGGUCGCUGAGAAGGAUGAAAUAGUAUACUUUCCAACUGUUAAGAUGAAGAAGAAGCUCCCAAUUAGAGUCCAACCCAUUAACGCUUGAUUGGAUUACACCAUCACAGAUAUCUUGUAGAGAUAUCAGUGUUGUGUACUAAAUUUUGUGCUAGAUCAUGCAGAACAAUAACGAUGCCUUUCCAGAAAAUAGUGUUGUGUGCUAAAUUGUGUUAGACCUUGCGUAACACUAAUACUUCAGAGGAUAGAGGAGUUUAAGGACCCCUAUUCUAUCUUUGAAAGUCAUAAUAGCGGGUGGAUAUGAUCGAAGAUAACUCUUAGAUCCUGUGUCUAUACUGUAUACAAUACAUUAGUUUAUUUGUUUGAUUCCAAUGCAACUUUUGUGGUGGUUAUGUUCUC